GUGAUCAGUUGGCAGUCAUCGGUAUCGGUUCGAUAAACGGUUAGAAGCUUAAAAGAUUGUGGAUAGGUAUAAACAUUUUUGUAAACGUGCGAUCUUGACGGGUUUUGCGGAGUGAAGAGAAAUCAAAAGUGAGUGAAAGAGAAAGAGAGGUGCGAUUGUGUAUAAUCGACUCGUAUAUUUAAAUUUUGUGAAAAUUUUCGAAAUCACAUUAUUUGGCGAGUGAAAAGCGUGUAACGAAUAAUAUGCUUUAACAAUUCGAUUUGAUAUUAUUACAUUAAUUUAAUAUUGCUUGUUAGUUUUGUGAAAUGUUUUUAAUUAAAAUAAAAACUAAAUUAUAAAUUCAGUGAAAAAUAUAUAAAAUAAGUGAAAAGUACAACACCAACAAAAUUAAAAUUAAAAUAAUAAAAUGAGUGUCUCAGAGUCGCCUUUUUUAAGGGGCUCAUCAAUAUCUUUGUUGCAUUCAACAAAGUUUAACAGUAUUAAUCAACUACUCAUUAUAUUUGGAAUAAUAGCUGUUUUUUGCCUGGAAGUUAGCAGUUAUGAAAAAAUCUACAGCCAAACAGAAAAACAACGCUAUGAUGGAUGGUAUAACAAUUUGGCACAUCCGGAUUGGGGGUCUGUUGACAGCCACUUGAUUCGUAAGGCACCUCCAUCGUAUUCCGAUGGGGUCUAUGCCAUGGCCGGCUCGAAUCGACCUUCAACUCGCCGCCUGAGUCGUCUAUUUAUGCGUGGUCGUGAUGGCUUGGCGUCGAAGUUCAAUCGAACCGCACUGUUGGCUUUCUUCGGACAAGUUGUGGCCAAUGAGAUUGUCAUGGCUUCAGAAUCCGGCUGUCCCAUCGAGAUGCAUCGCAUAGAAAUCGAGAAAUGUGACGAGAUGUACGACCGGGAAUGCCGCGGAGAUAAGUACAUUCCGUUCCAUAGGGCAGCAUAUGAUCGAAAUACCGGACAGAGUCCCAAUGCACCAAGAGAACAGAUAAAUCAAAUGACAGCAUGGAUUGAUGGCAGUUUCAUUUACAGCACCUCUGAAGCUUGGCUGAACGCGAUGCGAACAUUCCAAAACGGAACUCUACUUACAGAAAAAGGGGGUCAGAUGCCUGUGAGGAACACCAUGCGCGUGCCAUUGUUCAACAAUCCCGUGCCGAACGUCAUGAAAAUGCUCAGUCCUGAAAGAUUAUUCCUUCUUGGAGAUCCCCGCACAAAUCAAAACCCUGCCGUUUUGUCUUUUUCAAUUCUCUUCCUACGCUGGCAUAACACUGUGGCAAGACGAGUGAAGUCUCAACAUCCCGAUUGGAGUGAUGAAGAUAUAUUCCAACGUGCUCGUCGAAUCGUCGUUGCCAGUGUCCAAAAUGUAAUGCUCUAUGAAUACCUGCCAGCUUUCUUAGGAUCUGAGAUACCUCCGUAUGAAGGCUACAAGCAAGACGUUCACCCAGGUAUUGGGCAUGUUUUUCAAGCGGCCGCCUUUCGAUUUGGACACACAAUGAUCCCACCGGGAAUAUAUUUACGUGAUGGCCAGUGUAAUUAUAAAACCACUCCGAUGGGAUACCCUGCCAUAAGGUUGUGCUCGACUUGGUGGGAUUCAAGUGACUUUUUGACAGAUUCAACAAUUGAAGAGAUUCUCAUGGGCCUAGCUUCGCAGAUUUCCGAACGUGAAGAUCCUGUUUUGUGUUCUGACGUCAGGGACAAGCUCUUUGGUCCCAUGGAGUUCACUCGUCGAGAUUUAGGGGCUUUGAACAUUAUGCGCGGCAGAGACAACGGUUUGCCUGAUUAUAAUUCUGCCCGCAAAGCGUAUGGUCUUCCACCGAAGAAAGACUGGAUGGACAUCAACCCAGAACUGUUCGAGGAGCAACCGGAGUUAUUGAGAAUGCUCAUAUCUGCCUACAACAACCAGUUGGACGAUGUCGAUGUAUAUAUCGGAGGAAUGCUUGAAUCUUAUGGCCAACCAGGAGAACUCUUCACAAAAGUCAUAAAAGAGCAAUUCACACGUCUUCGAGAUGCCGAUCGGUUUUGGUUCGAAAACGAAAUGAAUGGAGUCUUCACUAAAGAAGAGAUUGCUGAGCUCCGGAAGAUCACCAUGUAUGAAAUUAUUGUCAAUAGUACUGAUAUUGGGCCAGAUGACAUUCAACGUGAUGUGUUUAUGUGGCACGAAGGCGAUCCAUGCCCUCAGCCGAUGCAACUUAAUGCCACCGAACUGGAGCCAUGUAACUAUUUGGAAGGUUAUGACUAUUUCGCUGGAUCAGAGCUUACGUUUAUCUACGUUUGUGUAUUUCUUGGAUUCGUGCCGAUUCUCUGUGCUGGAGCAGGCUACUGUGUGGUGAAACUUCAAAACAGCAAGCGCCGAAAGCUGAAGAUUCGCCAAGAGGCAUUGAGAUCGAAUCCGGGUCAUAAAGGCUCAGUGGACAAGAUGGUUGCUCGAGAGUGGCUUCAUGCCAACCACAAAAGAUUGGUGACAGUGAAGUUUGGACCGGAAUCAGCCAUAUACACUGUCGAUAGGAAGGGCGAGAAAUUGAGGACUUUCUGUGUCAAGACUGUCGAUGUCAUAACCGUGGAAGAGUCCGCAACUAAUCACAUCAAAAAGAAGCCGUAUAUUUUAUUGAGGGUUCCCAAUGAUCAUGAUCUAGUCCUGGAGCUGGAAUCUUAUGCUGCUCGUAGGAAGUUCGUCAAGAAGCUCGAGGACUUCUUAGUCCACCACAAAAAAGAGAUGACCCUCAUCGAAGUUAACAAAGAUAUUAUGCUUGCCCGAGCCGAAACCCGUGAGCGAAGACAAAAACGCCUUGAAUAUUUCUUCCGUGAAGCCUACGCCCUCACAUUUGGCCUGCGUCCAGGUGAACGACGUCGACGAUCAGAUGCCUCUUCCGACGGAGAGGUUAUGACUGUCAUGAGGACCAGCUUGUCGAAAGCUGAAUUUGCUGCUGCGUUGGGAAUGAAACCAAAUGAUAUGUUCGUAAGAAAAAUGUUCAACAUCGUCGAUAAGGAUCAAGAUGGGAGAAUUUCCUUCCAGGAGUUCCUCGAGACAGUGGUUCUAUUUUCGAGGGGUAAGACCGAUGACAAGCUUCGCAUUAUCUUCGAUAUGUGUGAUAACGAUCGUAAUGGCGUCAUCGAUAAGGGAGAGCUCAGUGAAAUGAUGAGAUCUUUGGUUGAGAUUGCAAGAACCACAAGUCUUGGAGACGAUCAAGUCACCGAAUUGAUCGAUGGAAUGUUCCAAGAUGUAGGACUUGAACAUAAGAAUCACUUAACUUAUCAGGACUUCAAACUCAUGAUGAAGGAAUACAAGGGUGAUUUUGUGGCCAUUGGGCUUGAUUGCAAGGGAGCCAAACAAAAUUUCUUAGACACUUCGACUAAUGUGGCCAGAAUGACAUCAUUCCAUAUCGAACCGAUGCAAGAUAAGCCUCGUCAUUGGUUGCAAGAGAAAUGGGAUUGCUACAUAACAUUUUUGGAAGAGAAUCGUCAAAAUAUAUUCUACUUAUUUUUAUUCUAUGUGAUUACUAUCGUGCUGUUUGUCGAGAGAUUUAUUCACUACUCAUUUAUGGCUGAACACACCGAUUUAAGGCAUAUCAUGGGCGUUGGAAUUGCCAUCACAAGAGGCUCUGCAGCGUCAUUGUCUUUCUGUUACUCGUUGCUCCUAUUGACCAUGUCAAGAAAUCUUAUAACAAAGCUCAAGGAAUUCCCAAUCCAGCAAUACAUUCCACUGGAUUCUCACAUUCAAUUCCAUAAGAUCGCCGCUUGUACAGCUCUAUUCUUCUCAAUUCUUCAUUCCCUGGGCCAUAUUGUCAACUUCUACCACGUUUCCACACAAUCACAUGAGAAUCUUAGAUGUCUUACUCGAGAAGUGCACUUUGCUUCAGACUAUAAGCCUGAUAUAACCUUCUGGCUCUUUCAAACUGUUACUGGUACCACUGGAGUAAUGCUCUUCAUCAUCAUGUGCAUCAUAUUUGUCUUUGCUCAUCCAACAAUCCGCAAGCGAGCCUAUAACUUCUUCUGGAACAUGCAUUCCUUGUAUGUUCUGCUUUAUAUGCUGAGUUUGAUUCAUGGAUUGGCACGAUUGACUGGACCUCCCAGAUUUUGGAUGUUCUUCCUUGGACCCGGGAUUAUUUAUACUCUAGACAAGAUUGUUUCACUUCGAACCAAGUACAUGGCUCUAGAUGUCAUGGAAACCGACCUUCUGCCAUCGGAUGUGAUCAAAAUAAAGUUCUACCGUCCACCAAAUCUAAAAUAUCUCUCCGGACAGUGGGUUCGUUUAUCUUGCACUGCCUUCCGACCAAAUGAAAUGCACAGCUUCACACUAACUUCGGCACCUCAUGAGAACUUCCUAAGUUGUCAUAUCAAAGCUCAAGGCCCCUGGACAUGGAAACUUCGAAACUACUUUGAUCCCUGCAACUAUAAUGCCGAAGAUCAACCGAAAAUCCGGAUCGAAGGACCAUUCGGUGGGGGUAAUCAAGAUUGGUAUAAGUUUGAAGUUGCCGUUAUGGUUGGUGGCGGCAUUGGAGUCACGCCUUAUGCAUCGAUUUUAAAUGAUUUGGUCUUUGGAACGAGCACGAAUAGAUACUCGGGAGUGGCUUGCAAGAAAGUCUACUUCUUGUGGAUUUGUCCUUCACACAAGCACUUCGAGUGGUUCAUUGAUGUUCUGAGGGAUGUUGAGAAGAAAGAUGUGACGAAUGUAUUGGAAAUUCAUAUUUUCAUAACGCAGUUUUUCCAUAAGUUCGAUUUAAGAACAACUAUGUUGUAUAUCUGUGAGAAUCACUUCCAACGUCUAUCAAAGAAGUCAAUAUUCACAGGCUUGAAGGCAGUGAAUCACUUUGGCAGGCCGGAUAUGUCAAGUUUCCUUAAGUUUGUCCAGAAGAAACACUCUUAUGUUUCAAAAAUAGGAGUCUUCUCAUGUGGCCCAAGGCCUCUUACUAAAAGUGUGAUGUCUGCUUGUGAUGAAGUCAACAAAACACGAAAGCUUCCAUAUUUUAUACAUCACUUCGAAAACUUUGGUUAAAGAGGGGAAAACAUUACUUGUAAAUUAUCAAGAAAAAUACUGCUCCUUAUCUAGAAGAUAAAAACGUCAUCACACUCAUUUUGACAACAUUUUUAUCUGUAUCCUCUUUGUUUCAGAAAAGAAAAUGUUGAAAAUAAUAAAACAAAUAAAAAUAUUCUAGUGCA